GUGUGGUUUUGAUUUUUGCUUGUCUUGGCUAUAUCAUGUUCCAACGAAAUUCACGGAAAAACAAAGGCACAAGGCUCGAAGAAACAACUUCUAUAAACAGCGAAAAUGUUAUUCCUAUUGCAUAUAUACCACCAAACACGCCAAAAACUCCAGAAAACAUCUAUCAGGAAGCGAAUGCUUCACAAAACACCUUGAUAGAUAUAACAGAUGAUACAUCUUGUGAGGUUGGCACCAUCUUACAAGCGACCAAGACUUCUCCAGUAACAACAACCGCUAAUACGGCUACAGUAGUAACAGCAACUCGUGUUAAGCCAGCUCUUGUCCGUAUUAACACUAUAAAGUCAGUAAAUACUACUGCCAACUCAAUACGAAGUGGAAUAUCCACUUCCCCUGACCCUCUAUCGGUGGAUAAAUCUUCGUUAAACACUCCAUCGGUAUUAUCUGUACAGAAUAGUCCGGAAACCACUAGCAUAAUUGUCGGAAAUGACAAUACUAUGAAUGAAGUGCCCCGUAUAGACAUUGAAAGAUCAUCAGGAGAAUCAUCUCGUCCAUCAACUCGAGCUGCUCCAUCAUCACGACAACACCUCAAUUCACCAUUCCUAGAUCCAAUAGAAGGACGACAAUCAUUUGGAUUAUUUGGCAGUGAUGAAGUCUAUAAUACAGAUCCUACAACACCACAACUUCAGAGAGAAAGUACGGUGAGUUCGAAUAGUACAAAUGGAAGGAGCACAAUGUUUUCUGAUGAGGGAGACGGGGAAAUCACAAUUUUCUGGGGAGGGAAUGAUGAACCUUUUAUGCCAACGGCGGGUACAAAGGAAAAGGAAAUAAAUCCGAAAAUAGAAGAUCCGAAUAAGAAUGUAACAAAUACAAAAGAGGAAAAUAUAUGA